UUUGGAACAGCUUAAGAAGGAAGAGAGAAAAGAGUUGGGAAGCAAUACGGCUGUGAAAGACGACAAUUCCGAUCAUCUUCCUUCUACAAUUCUCAUGACUCCGCGACCACCGUACGCUUGAUUUUUGCAACGGGCGGCUGGGGCCUAUCUUAAAUGUCUAUCAUCGAGGGCCCUCCCACUCUUGCCGCCGCCGAUCAUAAUCACCACCACCACAACCACAACCACAACCGUGCAUCGUCGAAGCGGAAGUUGGACGACUAUGGUGGGCCCAACUUCGAAGACGACGACGAUCACGAAGGGGAAGACGACGUCGUUUUCUCGGACCUAGUAUCUGUAAGAAUGAGAAAAGAUGAGCGCAACGCCGUCCAUUCCUCGGGGGACUGUGGCGCCGGUGGCGGUGGCGGCCCAUCCUCGAAGCAACUCGAUUCGAGGGUUUCUGAUGCUCAAUCGGCCUCCUCAUCUACAUAUGGCCUUAGCUCUACUCGCUCCGGGUUGACUCGCUCUACCUCUAGGUUGCAAUUCUUCAUCAGAAUGAUCUCCGAGGGCAAGAAUUUGGUAAUCACUGCCGAUGCUCACGAUACUGUCAAAUCGCUCCACGAUCGGAUUCUGUCGAUCACGGGGAUUCCCCUCAGCGACCAGAGACUUAUUUACAGAGGGAAGCAGCUCCAGUGGGAGCAGUCACUCGCCGAGUGUUCGAUUCAAAACGACGCCGGGUUGCAACUCGUGGGUCGCAUGCGUAGCACGGUCCACCCCCACGCUUGGCAGCUGAUUGACGACAUGAUUUCGAUGGUUUGUCGGCUCUGUAAAGGGGAAAUGAUCCCUUCGGCGCUUAAAGACAUCAAGAACUGUAUGAACGAGUACUUCAACAUGACUGCCAAGGAUGGCCAACGCGACGCCACUGAACACCUUAAGAUAUUCAUGUCUUCUUCGGCACCUGCGGCCUUGGUUAUGCUCUAUGCUUCGUCCAUUAAGGGUAAUAAAGAGUAUGGCGACAAUUCGAUUAAGCUUUUCCUAACUUUGAUUCGUACUUCGUUGACAAAAGCAUUGCAUAAUCAAUGUGCACCUAUUUUGUUAGAGUUUUGUAAGUUGCUUAGGAGAGUUGGACAAGAGGACCCUUUGUAUGUCUCUUGCCGAAGUGCUUUAGGGUCCUUGUUGGAGAAUUUUGUUACUUCAAAUACUGGGUCGGCAUGCUCGGACAAUGUUGGUGAAUUGAUUGGGGUACAAGAUAUUUUCCCUUUUGUUAGUGAGCUGGCUGACAGGUUGUGGGGAGAUUUGUGUUCAAGUAAGGAGUUGCCAAACGCCGGACCGAUGGCUAGUGAUGCUCGUGAUUUUAGUGCGUUCUUGCUCCCUCUGCGUACUGUGAUAGGUGAGAAAGUCAAUGUCAAUGGUAAAAUUGGUAGAGGGGAUUUUAAACAUCCGUUGUAUGGGCAAGAGAUUAAGUUUCUUCGUGAAAUGUUUAACAAGUUGCUAGACGGGAUGGACAAGUGUCUUUGCAGAAUGGAAGAGCAUUUAGCUGAGAAUGGGAAACCUGAUGGUGAUACAAGUCUUACCAGAUGGUCUCAGUGUAUUUCCAUUCUGAAGGAACUAUAUAGCAUUUCUAAACUAUAUGAUGGUGCUGAAGAAGAAUUUUGGAUAGUGUUGAGGUAUAGAAAAUCUUCACUUUGUGCGCUAAUUAUAAAAUAUGCAAAGCGAACUGAUGAUCAUCAGUGGAUUCUUAAUCACAAGGAUGUUCUUGAUUUUGAAUCAAGAAGGCAUUUGGCCAUGAUGAUGUUCCCUGAGGUAAAAGAAGAUUACGAGGAACUGCAUGAGAUGCUCAUUGACAGAUCUCAACUGUUGGCAGAAUCUUUCGAGUAUAUACUAAAGACUGAACCUCAGUCAUUACAUGGAGGUCUGUUUAUGGAAUUCAAAAAUGAGGAAGCCACAGGUCCAGGUGUACUGAGGGAGUGGUUCUUUUUGGUAUGCCAAGCUAUAUUUAAUCCAGAAAAUGCACUUUUUGUUGCUUGCCCAAAUGAUUGUAGACGGUUUUAUCCUAAUCCUGCUUCUAAGGUCGAUCCAUUGCACCCUGAAUAUUUUCAAUUUGCUGGUCGGGUAAUAGCUUUGGCUUUGAUGCAUAAAGUGCAAGUAGGCAUAGUAUUUGAUUGUGUUUUUUUUAAGCAAUUAGCUGGAAAUUCUCAAAUCUCUCUAGAAGACAUACGUGAUGCCGAUCCACGCUUGUAUAAUAGCUGCAAGCAGAUACUUCAGAUGGAUGCAGAGUUUAUUGAUUCAGAUGCCUUAGGGUUAACUUUUGCUAGGGAAGUUGAGGAGUUAGGAUCCAGGAGAGUUGAGGAGCUCUGUGAUGGAGGAAAAAGUAUUAUUGUUAACAGCAACAAUAGGGAGGAAUAUGUUAACCUUCUCAUUCAGCAUCAAUUUGUCAGAUCCAUCUCUCAUCCUGUGUCACGCUUCAAGAAAGGCUUUGCUGAUAUGCUUUGUAAUACAGAACACCAGGAAUUCUUCUUCCAAAGUUUAGAGCUCGAAGAUCUUGAUUUGAUGCUACAUGGAAGUGAAAAUGCUAUUAGUGUUGAAGAUUGGAAAGCUCACACAGAGUAUAAUGGCUACAAAGAGAAUGAUCCUCAGAUAAUCUGGUUCUGGAAGAUUGUUGAGGAAAUGUCAGCAGAGCAAAGGAAGGUUCUUCUCUUCUUUUGGACCUCCAUGAAGUAUCUUCCAGUUGAGGGUUUUCGUGGUUUAGCUUCUCGGCUUUACAUUUACAGGUCCUCAGAGCCUCACGUGCGCCUGCCUUCAUCUCAUACAUGUUUUUACCGGUUGUGCUUCCCUCCAUACCCUUCUAUGGCUAUGCUGCAGGAGCGUCUACGCAUCAUCACCCAAGAACAUUUUGGGAGUAGCUUUGGUACGUGGUAAUAAUACUAGGUCUAUCCUGCAUUUGGAGUAAAAAGGGGUAUUGUGAUUGCACAUAAAAGAUUUGAACUCAGCUUGUACAGAUUAUAGGAUUAGUAUCAUUUAUCUUCUCAGUAGUCUGUGUAAGAAAGAUGCUCUAGUCCUCAAGUUCUCUAUAUUCAUGUCAUUGCCCUUUUUUGUCUGUAUAAUUUAUACAGGUAUAGUAGUGUAGCGCAUAUAUAAUUAUAUAUAUAUAAAUAAAGUAGGGAAGGAAAGAAGGAAAGAUUCUUCUCUGCUUUUAUAGACCUCCCUUGUAAUAUUUCUUGGUUUUUUAUGUCUUGUAAGUAUACAUCGCGCAAUGACAUGCAAUUUCUACAAA